CGCGCCGGCACCAAGAUUAGACGCCUUUUUGGUAAAACGCGGGAGUUUUUGACUGUAACAAAAAACAUAGCGAGCCCCUUCCGCAACUUAAUUGGAAAAGUUCUUUAUCUCUUAUAGUCGUUGAAAUGUAGAGCUUUCUCCCUGAUACGGAUUUGAAUUAAAAGUUUCCUGACUCAAUAUAUAUUUGUGAAAAAUAAUGAAAACAAUGAAACUGACGGGAAUUCUGUGUUAACUUUGGCUAUUAAUAAAACGAACCGAGUCCUCAAGAGAAAAAGGGUUUUCUGUUAGAGAAAAUUUCAAUGAAAUAAAGUUUCGAAGUAUUUUCGGUGCGGGAAGAAUGGCGCUUAGUUCGUUAAAUCCAUCAAACAUGCUUGGGGAGCUUGGCCGGCUAGCCAGUUGGUUGAAAGGCGACUGCCUUGCUCCCGAAGAGUAUGCUGGUCUUGCUGUCACUGAGAAGUUGGAAAAUGUGCAGCUACUGGAUAAAUACAACCUGCGGAACCCGUCGAAGGGAACCUUGUACUUCGCGACCACGCACCUUAUAUUCGUGGACCAUGAGAUGAGGAAGGAGACAUGGAUUCUCUUGAUGCACAUAUCUUCGGUGGAGCGGCUGCCGAUCACGACCACCGGUUCCCCGCUCCUGGUGAGGACCAAGACCUUCCAGUCGGUGUUCUUCGUCAUUCCUCGAGAGAGGGACUGCCAUGAGAUGCAUCAAACGCUGCUCCGGUUGAGCCAACCAGUUCACAUCGAUGAGUUAUACUGCUUUUUCUACAAAUCGACUCCGGAUGACCUGCCUAAGUCGGCGGGGUGGAACUUCUUCGACAUUCAGACGGAGUACCAGAGAAUGAAUGUGCCUAACGACCAGUGGGUGCUCUGCACAGCUAAUAAGGAUUACGAGCUAUGCGACACAUACCCAAGCGAGGUGUACGUACCGGCGCGAGCGUCGACGGCCGUCCUGCUGGGCAGCGCCAGCUUCAGGUCUCGCGGCCGCCUGCCCGUGUUGGCGUACCUACACCACAAUAAAGCGGCUAUAGCGCGCUGCAGCCAGCCACUCAGCGGCUUUUCUGCCAGAUGUAUGGAGGACGAGCAAAUGCUGGAUCUGAUUAGACGGGCGAAUCCAAACUGCGGUUACAUGUAUGUCGUGGACACCAGGCCUAGAAUCAAUGCCAUGGUGAACCGCGCCGCGGGCAAGGGCUACGAAAACGAAGCAUUCUACGAGAACAUCAAGUUCCAGUUUAUGGGCAUCGGCAAUAUUCACGUCAUGAGGAAGAGCCUUCAGAAACUAGUUGAGACUUGUGAACAGAACACGCCGACUAUGUCGUCAUUCCUCAACGGUCUGGAGUCGUCCGGUUGGCUCAAACACAUCAAGUCCAUACUAGACACGUCGUGGUGGAUUGCUCACGCGAUAGAGAGCGGCGUGAGCGUGUGCGUGCACUGCAGCGACGGCUGGGACCGCACGGCGCAGGUGUGCUCGCUCGCCGCGCUUUGCCUCGAGCCGCACUACCGCACCAUCAACGGGUAUCAGGCGCUGAUCGAGAAGGACUGGUUGUCCUUCGGCCACAAGUUCACGGCCCGAUGUGGGCAUAUCGCCUGCGAUGGUCGCGAGCGCUCGCCCGUUUUCACGCAGCUACUCGACUGUACCUGGCAACUGUACAGGCAGAGACCUGAGGCAUUCCAGUUCAACGAGCGGUUUCUGCUGACACUACAUGACCACGCCCACGCGUGUCAAUACGGAACGUUCAUUGGCAACUGCGAGAAAGAUAGGCGGGACUUGAGGUUAUCUGAACGCACGUUUUCCCUGUGGGGGUACAUGGCGAGUCAUUUGAACGAGUAUAAGAAUCCUCUGUACAACCCCAAGUCUCACCCUGAUGUGUUGAAACCGGAUUUAGGAGCACAAAAUAUCAGGUUCUGGCGCGGCAUGUACUGCCGGCACGAGAGCGGCGUGCACCCGCGCGAGGCGCUGGGCGACCUGCUGCCCGCCGCCGUCGAGCACUGCUCCGCGCUCGACCACCACAUCAACUACCUCGCCAAGAGAAUAACAACGUUCAAGAACCUGCUAUCUGGUAAGAAGGCGGAUAAGAACAAAGAAACCGCCGUUGUUAACUAUCAAAAUGGGAACGUAGACUCCGUGGAGAUCGAGACCAAGACUGAAGCACUGCAGAUUGAUAACAAGUUAUUGUACGAGUCUGGCGGCACUCUGUCGGAGUUAGAGUGCGCGAACCAUGACCAUCCGCUGAAAGAAGUGACGCCGCCCAAACCCAACAAGAUACCGCUCAUCACUGAGAAGGCAAGUGACAGCAUACCAGCCAGCUUUGUAGUCUUGGAGAAAGAAGUGAACACUGUCGCCUUGGACUGGAAAAGUAUCAAGAAUGUUACCGAGUGCAGCUGCUCGACGCCUCUUGAUCAUUUCAGUAGAAAGCACCACUGCUGGGGCUGCGGGCGCUGUGUGUGCACGCGCUGUGUGUGUGCGCGAGCCACUCUCCCCGCGCUCCUCGCGCCCCGCGCCGCCCCGCUCUGCGCCGCCUGCACGCCCGACACGCCCCGAGCGCACGGUCAGUCACCCGCACUCUACUGUACAUACACGCACUCCCCGCGCUCCUCGCGCCCCGCGCCGCCCCGCUCUGCGCCGCCUGCACGCCCGACACGCCCCGAGCGCACGAUAUAGUGACGCCAGCCAACUGAAACAUCAAUAAAUAAUUAUAGUCAAAUUAAAAUACCUAGCUUAAAAACAUUUUCAAAAGUAUUGUAUAUUUUGUAUGUAAGGAUCCCCGAAUUUUCUUCUUUAAAUAAAUGAAAUUUUAUGUAUUCGUGAAUGUAAGUUACCAGACAAUUGAUAUCGUUAAAAUGGUAGCAUUGAUAACAAAAAAAACUAAAAAAAAAACAUUGUGCAACUGCGUGUUUCAUUUUAUGUUAAGACAUUUCAUUUCGAAUGAAAGGUGACGAAUGGAAGGCGAAAAUGAACGAAAAAUGAAGCGUCUUAUAUCAGAUUUAUUACUGGAUACAGGUUAUUUUUGCAUUUUAAUAAGCUAGUUAUGUCUCUCCAUAAGUAACUUAUAGAAUCAUACGUAUGAAAGAAAGUAUAGGUAGUCUAUGGUGGAUUUCUAUUAAAAAAUAAUAAUUUUGGCAUAAUUAUGUAACAUAUCAAUAUCUAAUCGCAAAAAACGGAUAGAUGUUAACAGAAUCCGCAUCCGCAGUAAUUGUUAAAUUCCUAUGUCUUUAGUAACAGUAGCUAUGCAAUAUUGUGCCGGUUUCUGAGCACUUUUUCUUGUGUAUUAUCUUUUCUCUUAAAAAUGGUCAUGAAUUAAAAUAGUCAUUAUUCUUGUUUCAUUAUACCUAAUAGCAAAUGUGACGUAAUUGACCUUAAGCUAUAUAGUUAAAAUGUUUAAUUUAUGAACAAGAAUAUCUUUUUUUACGUGUGUGUUGAAAACUAUGUCUGUAUGUGUAUGUUUAGUUACAAGUUUUCCAUAGUUUUAUUUAUAAUCGCCACAUAGGUAAUUGCAUCUGACAAUAUUUUAAUUCGAGGAAUAAUCCCUACUAUAUUAAUAUUAUAAAUACGAAAGUAACUCUGUCUGUCUGUUAGUUAUUCACGUCUAAACCACUGAACUGAUUUAAAUAAAAUUUGGUACAGAGGUAGAGUAGACCUUGAGAAAUAACAUAGGAUAGUUUUUAUCCCGAACUUUUGAAGUAUUCUCUUGGAAACGCGAUAUAACCGAACUCUACGCGGGCAGAAGCUAGUAUUCAAUAAUUAAAAAAAAAACAUUUUUGUACAAUCAUUUUUUAAAAACUGUGUCUGUCCCGAACCAUUCCACCUUUCCUUAUGUUAGCUUUUAAUGGAAGUUCAAACACAUAUAUUUAUAUAAUUUGUAGAUAAUUAUAAAAUAAGAAUAAUGUAUAUUAUGUACAUUUGUUAGGAAAAAAUCAUAUGCUUGUAAAUAAUAGGUUAAAAGUUUAGUAAUGUAAUCAAAAAUCAUAAAUAUUAUGUUGAAUUAUUGUAUAGUUUAAAAUAUAUAAUGUAUAUCAGUGGCAA